AGUAGUAAUGCUUUUUUUUUUAAUCCACCCUAAAAAUAUUUAAACUAUAAUUUUUAAGCGUUGUGAGCUGUGUUAAUGUAACUACUAAUCGAGUCUGCAAAUGUUAAAAAAAGAAAAAAAAAACAGUACGGAAAAGCAGUGCCGUGUUUAUUACACCGUUGUUAAGACCUGGUUGACAGAAAGCAUAGUUUUACAUAGUUUCGUAAACAUUUUGUCUUUUUCCAUUAACAAAGGCGCCACCUGGUGUCAAAACGCAGUUAGGACACCUAACCUGCUCUCAGGUUAUGGAUGGCUUGUCGAGGAGCUUGCGCCACCCCUGCAGGUGGCGCAAGCCCAGUUCUAUAGCCGUGUGUUCUGUUCAUGCAUUUCAGAAAACCUAAAUGGGUUGGGACAUUCAAAUGGUUAAUAAAUGCAUGUUCACUACAAGUACAGUGCUUUCCAUUUUUGCACCUACAAAUGAAAUAUAUUAUUAUGUCUGUCCUUCAUAGAGCCAUUUUCUAUUUUCUGUCACUCAUUCCAGGCCCUGCCACACCCUAGUAUAUCCCUGGUUUCAUCAUAUAGUAUUUUUAUGCAAGAAUUGACGAAUGGGUGGGAAAAAAAAACUAGCUAUUAUGAGUAGCAUUGUUUUGUUAUUUUUAUUUUUUAUUAAUAUGCUUUUGUCUUGCAUUCUUCAAAGUGCCUCUUUUUGAAUGUCUUUCUGUCCCUUUUGGUCCCACCAUCAAAUAAUACGAGGAUCACCUUUAGGAGGAUUGCGACAGCAUGGCCACGUCUGCAGAUGACUGCAUUCAAUUCACGCGUCACGCAGGCGACGUCCUGCUUAACUUCAACCGCCUGCGCUGCAGGAACCUCCUGACUGAUGUCACGGUGCAGGUGGAUGGGCAGAUCUUUCACGCUCACAAGGCCAUCCUGGUAGCUUGCAGUGGCUUCUUCUACUCUGUGUUCAUGAAACCUGAGAAUGCAAGCCUUAGUGCCAUCAGCCUGGACCCCAAAGUGGACCCUGAAGGCUUCUCCCUCCUGCUGGACUUCAUGUACACGUCUUUUCUGAACCUUAACGACGCUGUGGCCUUGACCACCCUGAACACAGCCAUCUACCUCCAGAUGGAGCACGUUGCUGACACCUGCCACAGGUUCAUCAAGUCCAGGCAUCAGGCUCUGACUAUGCAGAUGGAAGAGGUGCAGAACGAUUCGUCUAACCUGGCUGAGGAAAAGGAGCCCGACUUUAGGAAGAACCUCUUAUUAAGACGGCCCUCUCAGGAUUGUGGGGGCUACACCCCCAAUGUUUUUAGGGGCAUCAACACCACUGGUUCCUACCAUGUGUACGGCGAUCUGAAGAUCCCCGCUACGGUACUAGAAAGUUCUAACAAGACCGUGUGCCGGCAAGAACCUAAAACCAGCAUGGUACAACCCUUCUCCAUCAUCCGACCAGCAGCGGCUCACCUUCAGUGUCCCACUUCUCCCUUGGAGGGCCACAACAGCCAACACCCACAAACCGGCUGUUUGAGAUUGACUCCAAGCUAUAGCAAAGGGGUCAUCUGUUGCCCCCAGAGCCCCCUCAGGUCCGACUGCCAGCCAAACUCACCCACCGAGUCCAGCAGCAGCAUUAACGCAAGCAUGAGCCUGAAACAGGCCUGCGACUCCCCCAGAGAUGCCAAGGCCUGCAACUGGAAGAAGUACAAGCUGAUUGUUCUGAACAAAACCCCGGAUGAGAGCGGGAAGGAGGCCCAGGGAGGCAGAGCCGAAGCGGAGACGGCACCCCCCUCUCCCUCUCUCAGCCCCUCCAGGAGCGAAGCAGCUGGUGGGCACGAUGAGCUUCGGCCAGAAGAGGGCGCCAACAGCCACAGAGAGGAGAUGCUUCUGCCCCAGAGCGAGCUCAGCUGCAGCAGCAGAUUCUCCUCUGGCUGCGACAGCCCUCAGGACAUGGAAACCAGCCACCUCUCUCCUGCCUCAUACAGCAGUGAUGAGGCCAGAAAGAUGUGCUCAGAUUAUUCCCCCUCUAGCUGUGAAAAUAAUUUCUUCUGCAACGGCUGUGACUCCAAGUUCUCAGAGGAAGACUCGCUGAAGGACCACAUGGGUCAGGUCCACAGUGACAAGCCAUACAAGUGUGACUGCUGCCAGGCCGCCUUCCGCUACAAAGGCAACCUGGCCAGCCACAAGACCGUUCACACCGGCGCAAAGCCGUACCACUGCAACAUCUGCGGAGCUCAGUUCAACCGGCCGGCUAACCUCAAGACCCACACCCGGAUCCACUCUGGAGAAAAGCCAUACAAGUGUGAGACGUGCGGCUCUCGCUUUGUGCAGGUCGCCCACCUCCGCGCUCAUGUGCUGAUCCACACGGGAGAGAAACCCUACCCCUGUGAGAUCUGUGGAACCCACUUCCGCCACCUUCAGACGCUCAAGAGCCACAUGCGCAUCCACACGGGAGAGAAGCCCUAUCAUUGUGAAAAAUGUGACCUCCACUUCAGACACAAAAGUCAGCUCAGGCUUCAUCUCCGGCAGAAGCACGGCGCCGUCACCAACACCAAGGCUCAGUAUCGCAGGUCUCCCGGCAACAUGGCGGCGGGCCUGGUGAACUCCUCCUGAGCCGCUCGCCGGCCGCUGCGUACGGACAUGGUUUUAAAGACGCGGAGCGGGCGGACGCUUCAGUCCAACGUUUGCCUUUUUUUUUUUUUUUUUUUGCGCUUGUGCACAUGACUGUCAACUGUUUGGUUGUUCAGAGACUCCAGUCAGUGCUUUUCUUUUGAAUGUCCAACAACCGAAUGUACGUCUUGAAUGUGAAUCUGAGUGGGUAUUUCUCCAGUGUGCAAAUACCUCAACAGAAUGACAGCGAGUCAUCGAGUAUCACUGUUACACUUUGGUUUUUAGAUUCGCUACGAACUUGCCCAGUAAUUGGUCUGAUCCAGUCAUGAUGCCGAUUUUUUGUUCUUGUUGCUUUUUUCAUAAAGCUGUUCGUGUAAAUAAGAUGAUAUCUAUCUAUGAUAUAUUUUCAGAUAACUAUUUGCUGACACAGUGUGACAAUAUUAACAUUUGGUACAUUUUCUUAUAUUAAUAUUUGGUACAUUUGGUACAGCAGUCAUGCUGCGGGCUUUCUAUUUUGCUGUGUCAUAGUUUGUGGUACAUGCUGUAAUAUUUACAGACUGUCUCCUGUUUUGAAACUCGCUACUUUGUUGUACAUACCUCCCCCCCCUUUUUUUUUUUUUUCACAGAAUUUUUGAGCUUGGUAUCUUGCACAUACCCAUGAUGUAGUAAUAUAUCUGUUCCUUCUUUAGCUUGAGUGUUUCUUCGUUAAAUGUUUUCGUCAAACCCCAUUCCCGGCACUUUUGUAUAUUAUUUAUUUUUGUAAAUGUCUUCUUUCUUCUAAUAUGUGGUGCUGAAGCGAUCUGUUUCCCCCCAGUGGGAUUCUUAUUUUUUACCUAACCAUAUAUGCUUCGUUAAACACUCAUACUAAUUAGCAGAUUUACGGUGCCUUACAUUUACCUUUUUCUAUUGGCUGUUUCCACAGACUGACAAUUAAUACAUUUUAAUUGUGACCAUUUGAAAGCUCUGGUACUUUUCACCUCCCUUUUUGUGUUCUGCCUUGGUACUUCGGCUAAUUAAGAAUGCAUAUGCAGGUUUAGGCCUGACCUGAAGGGUGAAGCUCUUAAAUGUUCAGAUACCAGGCCUCAAGCUAAAAACACUCAGGAAUAUCAGUACUAUGUAAGCAAAUGUGUUUCUAGUGGCAAUUGAAUAUACAUAUGAAAUAUAUUUAUAAAUAUAUAUAUGACAAUAAAAUGUGUAUUGUGAAGCAUAUAAA